UACAGCAUCAGUAAACAGUCCCUUCAAACGGCAUAAAUAGCGUGUGACUUUGGCGCAGAAUUGAAUAUAGCCGCACGUCUUUGUGGUCAGUGGACUAGUGCGCGGUGAACGCAUUGCGAAAUUAUCAAAGUGAACAUUUGGCACAGUUUUCCUCUGCCUAAGGCGAUUUUCCAUACAUCUUUACCAUUUUCAUUUAUUUUGUCUAAUUCAUAAAUGUUGGAUCCGAGUAUGGCCGCAAAAUCGAAGUUUAAUGAUCCACACCUGGUUAACUUGCCGAAUGAUGGCCGUGCUGUCAACCGAAAGGAAGAUCAAGUCACAGCUGGAAGUUCUCUUUUAAACUUUAUGAACUUGGCAUCCGGUAACGUAAAGACUGCCUUAGAAAAACCGGCUAACUUUAAAAGGAACAUUAACCACCGCAGGUAUCUUCAAAAACAGCUACGGAACUAUUCAAAGCGGAAGAACGACAUAACCACAAAGAAACCCAAAGACGUUAUAAAACAUAAAUCUCACAGCUUACACGGUGGCAAACAUGGUAUGUCGAGGAAUUCUUCAAGGCAAGAGGGGAGUUCUAAAAGAUCUGAAAGGAGUGUAGAGGCUCUCAACUACGAGAAAUCUUCACUUCGGGAAAGGAACCUUCCUCCUUCAUUCUGGCAGGAGCCUGUCAUUCCAGAUGGACCGGAGACGUACAUGUACCCGAUGUAUCCAAUGCAAGCAAGGGCCGGAGAAUCGGAAGACCCUUACAACCCAGUUUUCGAAAGUUACUUCGAAGGUUGGAACGAAUGUUUAACGAGGGAAAUCCCCAUUGAAGAAUUGUCGCAGAGUGGAUCUGCACCCUCAGUUUCAUCCGAAGAAACCAACUGCGAUGAUUUCAUGACUGGAGAAGAACUUACUCGCAGUAUUGACAUUAAAGAUUUGUAUGUACCCGAACUUUAUUUAGCGGAGAGAAGCCCGCUAGAGCCAUCUCAAGGCGAAAGCCUUUACCUGGCACCUAUCUCACCCACACAGUACGUCCUGACUCCUACAUCUUGUUCAGAUCAGGCAUAUUUUAAUUUUUCGUUUGAUCACGACCCAUCAGGUUUACCGCCAUUUGCCAUGGCUUUUCUUAGUCCGGGUACCCUAGCGCAAUACUAACCUUCGCUCGUCACAGAUCUAAUUUCACAUAAAAUAGUGACAGUUAAGGAAAGAAUUGUGGCUAUAAUAUCAAAGUCUACUUCGCGGACAAGAAUCAUUGUGAAGAAAGGUUUCUUAAGACAAUAACUUUGCAUCGCAGGUUUACCUGUAAAUUUCGCUUAUUUAAAUAGUUUUUGAUAGAAUAUAUUUUCAUGAAACUGAUAACUGUGCCUUUUGCAAUAUUUUGAAGGGUGUGCAGUUUUGCUGAAGAGAAGGAUAGUGACAAUAAUUUGGACUAACAUAAGCUCGAGAGGUAAUUAAUUCACCAUUGAAAUUAAGCUUCCACAUCCACUCUGUGUUAUAGUAGGUGGAGAAGAU